AUUUCUCUCUCGUUCCUCUCUACUCUCUCUCGCCCCUCCACCUUCAAAUCUUCCACUUACACUGAUUUCACACACAUACCAUCCUCCCAAUCCAUCUAAUUCAAGGGUUGAACCGAUUAAUCGGUUGAUUUACUCAAGAACAAGCAAAAAGGAGAGAAAUCCGUUUUCUAUCACUCUAAGCCCGAAAGGUAGUGAACGAUGGCGCCCAACCACUCUGGAGUUAAUUUGAAUGCCGAAGAGAAGAAGAAAUGGGCCGAACUCUCACAACUACCCUACCGGGUAGCUAGAUAUCCAUGCCCUAUCACAAUCCGACGGUUGGGCAUUGAGCAGUGCUUCAAUGAGCUAUGUGAAGAGGGGCAACUAAAUGGGCUCUUCAUGGCACAGAGGAACCCCUCCUAUCAGAGGCUUACACUGGAGUUCUUGUCUACCCUUGAUGUAAUCAUGAACAGGAGGGAGAUAGUUGCCAUCAAGUUUCGUAUGAGGAAUGCUGAGUACACAGUGACGAUGGCACAAUUCAAGGAGAUCUUUGGAUUUUCAGGGGAGGUGUAUAGAGAGCCGUUUAACUUCAGUCACAAUGCGAAUGACUUCUGGAAGGCCAUCACUACCGUUGAUGACAACUUCGCCGCCAACAGGGCAAAGGGUUCUCUCAUUAGGAACCCAGCCUUGCGCUUACUCCAGAAGGCGUGUGUAUGUUACCCCUUCGCUCGUCAUGAGCAUGGGAGUGUGCAGAGAGACGAGCUCUUCCUGUUAUGGACUAUUUUGCACAAGGAGGCUCCCUUGAAUUUGGGCCACUUCAUGAUCAAACAUCUUGAGAGGGCUUCGAAGAAGAAAACCGGCACACUCUGUGUCGGUGCGGUUGUGUCAGCUAUUGCACUCCAUCUGGGAGUGUCGACGAGGGGCUUGGUCGCCGACAUUGGUGACAACUUGAUGGACUUCGGCUUUCUGAGAAGAACAAGGCUGGUCGGAGUGGACCAACGAGGGCAGAUAUAUUUGAUACAGAGGGCAGCAGAUCAUUACCCCCUCCCGGACACCGUCAACACCUAUGUGAACGGUCCUUUCCACAAGGAAAACUGGAAGAUGAAGGCUGCGGUCCACGAACAAGUCACGGCGGUGAAUCCGCGGAACUUGCAAUUUAGGGAUGUGAGCCCGAGCUCGAGUGUUGAUGAAGCGCCCCACAUGGGCUUUCCCGAGAUCGAGAUGGGGGACGAGCAGAAUGAAGAAGAAAAUGAGGAGGAAGGUGAGGAUCAACCGACCUACCAAGGGGGAGAUGAAGCCGGGACAAGCACGCAGAGGACACGAAGCCGACAAGAGCGACAAGAGGAGGACUACGGCUCGAUCAAUGAGAGGUUGACACGGAUGGAGUUGCGUCAGCAGGAAUAUUGGGUCCAGAAUGAAGCGCGAUGGGACCAGUUCGAAACCAACUGGACCCAAUUCACUGAUUUCAACAAUGCACAAUGGGCCAACAUCAAUGCCCGAUUCGAUGAAUUCCGUGGCCAGUGGCAGCAUCCGCCUCCUCCUCCGCAGUGAAGGUCCAUGGGAGAUCCACUCUCUUUCAAACUUAUCCUAGCUUUGCUUGGAAUAAGUUUGGGGGGUGUCUAGUGGAUUCCCUCUUUUACCUCUCUCCCUCUUUAUUUGAUGAUGAUACCCCGGCCUGUACCCCUAUUCUUUUGAUGAUAUUUGAUGAUGAUAUGUGGGCAUGUAAACUUAUGUGGUUUUGUUUCCUUGUUCCA